GCGGGGACAGAGCCACCACCGCCGUGCCAUGCUGGGGGGAAAGGCUCUGAGUGCCUGGGCACUGCUGGCCAGCCUGGCCCUGGCCAGCUGGGGGGUCCGAGGGCAGAUAUUCGUGAAGGAAUUCAGCGGGAAGGUGUUCCUGGAGUGUGUGAGGAGCCAAGGCAAGAACAUCACAUGGUGGAGAGAUGGGAGCCCUGUUGGGCACGAGGCACAGCUGGACCUGAGCGGGGUUUAUGACGACCCCAGAGGCCUCUACACGUGUGAGACAGGAGGCCAGAGGAGCAGCCUGCAGGUGCACUACCGCAUGUGCCAGAACUGCAUCGAGGUGGACGCUCCCACCAUCUCGGGCAUCGUCGUCGCCGACCUGGUGGCCACGCUGCUCCUGGCAGUGGCCGUGUACUGCAUCAGUGGCCAUGACAGGGGACACACUUCGCGAGCCUCUGACAAGCAGAACCUGAUCUCCAAUGAGCUCUACCAGCCCCUGGGAGAGCGGGAGGAGGAUCAGUACAGCCGGCUGGCUCCCGCCCGUGCGCGCAGGUGAGGAGGAAGACUCUGGGACUGUCUUCAUCAGCGUGCUGGCUUUGCUUGGAGUCCCUCCAGGGUGGGCUGCCUGCAGCCCUGUGCCCACUGCACACCUCUUGCACUUCUGUAUUAA